UGGUACAUGUGGUGGUGGCACAUACUUUUGAGUUCUGCUUGGUGGAGGGGAAACUCACUGUUCAAGGCUCUCUUUGCCUUAUUUCCCUCCAGUAUAGUAAAUUAGUGGCAUGGCUUCAGUACCUAGAUGUACCCCCUGGUUUACCUGUGCCUAGGGACAUAGGGUAGCUUCCUGCCUUGGUGGAGUAAUGUCCUUUGUUCUAGAUGAGUAGGUAUAGAUGGGGGUUCAUAUCUAAGAGAGGACCAUUUCACAAUCCCAUAAGGUGUGUGUGUGUGUGUGUGUGUGUGUGUGUGUUUUGAAAGCUCUCUCAAUGUGUGCAGAGUGAGAUGCUGUCAGCAUGAUCAUUUCUGCUCCAAAUAAUACGCCACAUUUGCAGCUAGGCCUAAUGAUUUAACUCCUAUGUAAUUAGUAGUUAAACAUAUCUUACAAGUUGAUGAGCACAUGGAGCUUGGUGGUUUUUACUUUAUUGACUGAACUGGAAUUAUUGAAUAGGGGGAGGGCUAGUUGCUGUGCGCAUGCUUGAGGAGAGGGGAAGAAAAAAACUCGGUUUGUUCAGUGGCGACAAGAAAAAAGGUGAGGCGCAAAACUAUACUAUAAGGAACCACACACAGUCCCACUGAGAGGACCCGCAACAGAAGAGGUGGAAAUAUCAACAAAAAUGUUUAUAUUUCUAAUUGCGACCAUGCUAUCCGCAGGGUCGUGCGUCCUUGCCCAGGUAGCCAUACCCGAGUUCAGCGAUGUAUGCACGGAGGGGAGCUGCUACCCGGCUACCGGAGACCUUCUCAUUGGCAGAGCACACCAACUCUCCACCAACUCCACAUGUGGCCUCCACCGGCCCGAGCCGUUCUGUAUCGUCAGUCAUUUACAGGAUGAGAAGAAAUGCUUUUUGUGUGACUCCACCGACGUCUACGUCAAAAGCGUGGUGAACACCACCACCGGCCACCGGGUGGAGAACGUCGUGACCACAUUCGCCCCCAACCGCUUGAAAACCUGGUGGCAGUCAGAGAAUGGCCUUGAGAAAGUGACCAUCCAGCUGAACUUGGAGGCGGAGUUUCAUUUCACCCACCUCAUCAUGACCUUCAAGGUAACCAAUGGAGAUGCUGGGUCAGAGGGCUCGCUGUGGGGGAGCAUGG